AGGAGCACUGCCAAGCUGCUCAAUGUUACGGUAGAUCAACGGCAUGAUUCUCUUUGUGCGAAAAUGCUGCGAAUGCGAGAUUGAAAGAAAUCUUCAGGGUGAAGAUACAUGUAAGCGGCCGGAUAAGGAAGACGGCGAUUUCCUCCCAGCACCAUUGUCUCAUUACUGUUGUGUAUGCGCCAAGAGAAACAAAUGGACGCAUUUCUCCGACAGAGCAUGUGAAAAUUGCAGGGCCAGGGAUAGAAAAUCUAGGGAGAUGGCGAGCGGGUUGAGCACGGGGUCGGGUGGUGGGCCCGCGGCAAGAGGGGAUGAGAGCUCGAGGGCCAUGGAGGACUUUGUGAAUGUGCACUGGGAGUUCGCCCGAGACUGCGAAGCAUUCGCAAAGUUGGACACCAUGAUACAGGAAAGAGCAGGCGCGCUCGACUCGAGGGCCCGUGAAGAGAUUCGUAAAGAGUGCGAGGUGAUUCGACAGGCGGCGAUCGAGCAAGCGACGAAGGAAGCUGAGAUCUUCACUGCCCGCAUCCUGAAGCAGGUCCAAGAGACAUCGCAGAGUCAGAUGAGGGAAGCGCAGGCCGAGGUGGCAGAGCUGAUGGCGAUCGCCAGAAAGGAGGCACACGAGAUCGUUGAGGCUGCCCAGCGCCAGGCUUCAGAAGAGCUUGACAAUGCGCGUAAGGUUGCACACCAAAUGAUGGUUGAGUCCAAGGCAGAGGCGGAAAGAAUUAUGGAGGAUGCCGAAACCAAAGUUGCAGGAGCUGAAUCCUGGGUCGA